AUGCCCCCCACAACCACGAUUACAAUCGACAAUUCUCCUACAGUCAGCUCACGGUCGGACUCACGUUCGAAUUCUUUCACUGACGAAGAGGGUUCAUCAGACGAUUCCUGGGAUCCAGUCUAUCCUGACGAAACAGACGAAAUUGACCCUUCCGAGUCCGCUUCUCGACCAGCGUCUCGUCCUCGAACAGGAGCAAGAUAUAGGACGAGUGAGAGUCGACCCCCACCUACAUCACGAGCGCCAACUCGCAGACAUACAACUAGCGAGCGACAAUCGCGACGUCCACCUGUCUCACGAGUACACCGACACCCAGUGCCGGCACCACCAUCAAGCGUGGACCCUCUAGAAGACUAUCCGGGCUAUGGCCGAGGAUACCCUGCACCACAACCUGGGCCUUAUGGUGGUGCAAGGCCUCAGCCCGGCUAUGCCCAAAGUUCUUACUCUGUCCCAGGCGGAGGAGGAUAUGCGCCUCCAUUCGGUGGAGCUCCAGGCGCUUUAACCCAUUAUGGAGCUCCAGGAGGGUAUCAGUACCCUCCUCAAAACCCUUUCUCGCCCCAACCACCGACGCCUCAGCCUCCUGGAGCUAGCUACUUCAAUGGAAACCACCACCCAAUGUCUGGCCAUAGCACUCCUGGUGUCUACAAUGGCCAUGACAUGGUCCAUUACCCACAGAACAAUUUCGGUGGUUUUCCUGGAAGCCCAUUUCAGAACAUGCCACCUCCACAACAUCAUAUGCAGUAUCAGCAACAGCCCCAUUGGCCUCCAAGUGAUCCCUCUGUAGUCGGUACGCCUCAGCUGGAUCCCGAAACUGAAAAGAAGCUGGCAGUUCUCGAUGUCAUGAUGAGACAGCAACAACUUGAUAGGGAGAAGGCAGAAAGAGACGAGCGGGAGAAACGCGCCAGGGAGGAACGCGUCAGGCAAGAGUACGAAGCUCAACGAAAAGCAGCGGAGGACCGAGCCGCUUGGGAGAAGAGGAUGGAAGAGGAGAAGAAAGCCGCACUCGCAGCUUAUGAAGCAUCGCAAAAGGCAGCUGCCGAAGCGAGAGCAAUCGCAGAGAAGAAAGCUGCUGAAGAUAAAGCAGCUUGGGAGAAGAAGCUUGAGGAAGAGAAGAGGGAGACACUGUUGAAGUACGAGGCAGCUCAAAAGGCUGCCGCUGAGGCAACAGCAGCAGCUCAGAAGAAAGCAGCUGAAGAGAAGGCCGCCUGGGAGAGGAAGCUCGAAGAGGAGAAGAGGCAAACAUUGCUCACCUACGAAGCUGCUCAGAGGAAGGCGGCCGAGGAUGCGGCUGAGGCUCAGAAAAAGGCUGCCGAGGAGAAGGCUUUAUGGGAGAGAAAGCUGGAGGAGGAGAAGAAGAUUGCACUUCUAAACUACGAAGCUGCCCAGAAGGCCGCAAGGGAGGCCGCAGCGGAAACAGAGCGAAAGCUUGCAGAGGAAAAGGCCGCUUGGGAGAGGAAACUGAAGGAGGAGCGAGAGGCGGGUGUGGCAAAGGGAGCUGAGAACGCUAGGAAGGCUGCCGAAGCUGAGAAGAAGAAAGCGGACGAGAAGGCUGCAGAGGAGAAAUCUAAGGCUGAAGCUGCUGCUGAGCUCGCCAGAGUCAAGAAAGAGGCUGCUGAUGAAGCAGCAAAGUUGAAAGAAGAGGCAGCAAAGGCUAAGAAGGAGGCAGAGGAGGAAGCGGCCAAGGCCAAGAAAGAAGCUGCUGAAGCAUUGGCAAAAGCAUUGGCUCCCCCUGCGCCGGAGGAUAAAAAAAAGCCAAUCCGGUUCAAGGACGCAGUGGGAAGAAAGUUCAGCUUCCCAUUCCAUCUUUGCGCAAACUGGGCUGGAAUGGAAGAGCUUAUCAAGCAGGCAUUCUUGCACGUAGAUAUCAUUGGUCCACAUGUACAGCAAGGCCAUUACGAUCUGAUCGGCCCCAACGGAGAAAUCAUUCUUCCGCAGGUUUGGGAGACUAUGAUUGAACCGGACUGGGCGAUUACCAUGCACAUGUGGCCUAUGCCUGAGCCAAAGCCCCAUGCAGGGCCACCACCUGGCCACCAUUUCAACCCUCAUGGACCCGAGAGACCACGAAGUAGCCAUCGAGCUCAUGGCGCAGGAGGGCGUGGCCCUCCACCAGUGCCUCCCCCAUCAGCUCAUAGGGGAGGGCAAGUUCCACUUCCGCCUCCUGGAUUCCGAAGUAAUAUGCCGCCUCCGGGUCCUGGAGGUCAGUAUCGAGAAAGGCGUGGUCCAGGUGGAUCUCCAAUUCUGGUCAUGAAACCCGCAUCUCCGCCGCCGAAGAAGAAAAAACCAGAAGCCAAAGGAAUGUUAGGUUGGAUGGCUGGGAAGCCCGCGGCUAAGUCGUCGGGAAAAGGUCCAAAAAAAGCUGAACCAGACCCAUGUGUCGUCAUGUAA